UAAAGUUUUAGCUACAUACGUAUAUCGGUAUAUGGUAUAUUCCUACGUCCUCGACCUCGAAAAUGUGUUGGAGCUUCCAAAAGUUUCCAUGCUGCAUGCGAAGGUUCUACCGUUCUCUAGUCCGAGCUCGACGUCGCUUGCGCGAUAAUAAAAUGCUCGGCGCAAUCCGAUGCGUCUUCGACACCACCUCCCUCUUCGUUCCCUCCCCUCCUCGCCUCUCCCACCUCCCUCUCCCGCGAAGAAGAACCCUAUCCAUUCCCCCCCACCUCUCCACCACCUCCUCUCCCUCCUGAGCCGCUCCUCCACCCUCCCCCACCUCGCCCAAAUCCAUGGCCACAUCCUCCCCCGCGGCCUAGACAGGGACAACCUCCUCCUCGGCAAGCUCGUCCAUGGCGCCUCCCUUCUCGGUUUCGUCGACUACGCCUUCUCCAUCUUCAAGCACCAAGAAGACCCCGAUACGUAUUUGCACAACACCAUGAUUCGCGGCCUCUCACAAAAUGGUUCAUCCAAAGAUGCCAUUUUUAUCUUUAACUCGAUCCAAGUCGUGGGCUUGCGCCCGGAUACUUACUCUUUUCCCUUCGUGUUGAAGGCUAUUGCGCAUUUGGGUAUGCUUGAAUUGGGCAGAGAGGUUCAUAGCCAAGUUAUUCGAAUUGGGUUGGGAUCGGAUAUUCAUAUCUCCAGUGGUUUGAUCCAUAUGUACUGUAAUUGUGGAGGGAUAGACGAUGCCCGCCAACUGUUUGAUGGAAUUAUUCAAAGAGAUGUCGUUCUGUGGAAUGUGAUGAUUGCAGGUUAUGCGAAGGUUGGGGAUUUGGACAAGGCGCGUGAGCUGUUUGAUAGAAUGCCCGAGAGGAAUGUUGUCUCGUGGACAACGAUGAUCGGUGGUUAUGCUCGGUUGAAACUGUCGGAUGAGGCAAUUGCAUUGUUCCGGAAAAUGCAGGUUGAAGACGGUAUUGAGCCGGAUGAGAUUUCCUUGUUGGCUGUGCUCUCAGCUUGUUCGGAUUUGGGUGCACUCGAUUUAGGGGAGUGGAUACAUAGCCUGAUAAACAAGCGCGGGUUGUACAAGACGGUGCCUCUCAUGAAUGCACUGAUGGAUAUGUAUGCCAAGUGUGGUGAUAUUGCAAGAGCAUUGGAGGUCUUUGAGAAGAUGAAGAACAGAAGCGUCGUAACUUGGAGUACAAUGAUUGCGGGUUUUGCACUAAAUGGGCUUGGAGUGGAAGCUCUGGAAGUGUUUCAUCGAAUGGAGAGAGAAAAUGUUGAACCAAAUGAUGUCACAUUUUUAGCAAUCCUAUCUGCUUGUAGCCAUAUUGGAAAGACCAAUUUGGGUCAUCGGUAUUUUGAUUGUAUGAAAUCACGUUACAGGAUUAAACCUAAAAUUGAGCAUUACGGAUGUAUGGUUGAUCUUCUCGGCCGUGCAGGUUGUCUUAAGGAGGCUUAUGAUUUAGUUCAAAAUAUGCCUUUUGAAGCAAAUGAAGCAAUAUGGGGAGCUCUUUUAGCUGCCUCUAGAAUAUAUGGUGAUGUUGGUCUUGGAGAAAAAGCCUUAGUGCAUCUCAUUGAACUUGAGCCACAUAAUAGUGGGAAUUAUAUCCUGCUAUCAAAUAUUUAUGCGGCACAGGAGAGGUGGGAUGAUGUCCGGAAGCUUAGGAAGUUGAUGAAGGACAGGGGAGUAAAAACUAUGCCAGGAGCAAGUUCUAUUGAAUUGGAUGGUGCGGUUCAUGAAUUCACUUCUAGAGAUGGAUCUCAUCCUUGCUUGAACAGGAUAUUUGAAGUUCUCUGUGAUAUAAGUAGGCACUUGAGGAUGGCGGGUUACGUCCCAAAUAUUUGUGGAGUGCCGUUUGACUUUGAAUAAGGAUGGGGAAAUAGUUUCCAACUCAGUUUUGCUAAUUAUUUGGAACAGAGAGAUUGGACUGCCCCUACAAGCUGCAAAUUCAAUGAGUAAUACGCAAUGUGUUUGUGACAGCAUUUGAGUCGUCCAACUACAGUUCUGAAAACAACAUUCAAUCCUCAAUUCUUGUGCCUGUACAUUAGACCAUAUGAACUUAUAUGUCGUUUCGCAUUCCCCAUAGGAGUAACUAUGGUCUAAUUUUGAUGGGUCAAGACAUAGGUCAAGCUCUGAUGUGCACAUGCAGGCUGGCCGGCCUGCCCGCCAACACACAAGCACGCAUGCGCACGCAUAUAUAUAAGCACUUCAGUUCUGGUAUAGUAUACUUGGACAAACUUAGUUCACUGUAAACAGGAAGACUGGAAGAGAUGCAUGAUUCUCAAUUGCCAGUGCCCACCCAAACAAUCACAAAAAUGAAGGGAGGGAAGAGGGGACACAUGAAGAAAAUGUGAAUGCUUCUCACCCGUGUUGCAAAACCCAAGGAACAAAUGGUCUCACACAAAUCUUCUUCAUUGGGGCUGACAUGGACAAGCAUCAAUGUUUUUGAAUCAGAUCCUGUAGGCAUGUAUUCACAAGAGUUUAAAUAACUGUAUAAAGGAACAAAUUGGAGAAGAGAACUACCUCUAAAGAGCUUCAUCUCUACAUCAAGCUACUGUACGACAAGUCUCAGGUCUCUAUCUCUCCUCCACAAAAAGGUCAGUUCUACUCCAAUCCACCCAACCAAUGCAUUUUUUUUCCCUAUUUAUCUUCUUUGUUCAAAUCUCUCCAUGAAAGAAACCUGUUAGAGAGAAUUGAAAAAGCCGAAGUAAGACAGAGUGUGAAGGUUCUGCAAAGGAAAUUGUUAAGUAACCAAAAGAGGGUCUUGAGAACAUCAGUGAAAAGAAAGUUGCAUGAUAUCAAGCAAUUUUUAUCUUGAAGACAAGGAUUUGUGGUUCCUAUGUCAAUCAGAGAGUGACAGUAGGAAACACCAAGGAUAGUGGCUUGCAACCAACUUGGACUGUUUUGUUCUUAAGAUAUCAAAUAAGAUCUUUCUAUACCUUUA